GAUAGUCAAAUUGUUGGUGAACUUCACAGCGUUCGGUCGUAAAUUGUGCGGAUUAGAAGCGGAAACUUGUCGGUCAUUUCAGUGUAUUGUGCAGUCAAAAGGAUACAACAUGAUAACAUGGACACUGUGGUGUGGAUUAAUGUUCGUCCUUUGGAUAUACUUUCUGUGGAGUCGUCGGCGAUUUUACUUACUCGCCCUCAAAAUACCCGGACCUAUUGGAUACCCCAUUCUGGGCAUGGCCCACAAGCUGAUGCGCAGGGAAGAUAUACUGAAGGAAUUUGGAAUUUAUCUGGCCAAGCAUGGCCCCACAAUAUUCUCGUGGCUGGGACCCAUUCCGUUCAUGAUCGUCAGCGAUCCGCAAGUGGUGCAGGAUAUCCUCACAUCGCCUCACUGCGUCAACAAGGGCAUCAUCUACAAGGCCGUGGACGAUGGAGCUGGCGUGGGAUUGUUCAGUUUAAAGGAUCCUCGCUGGAGUGUGCAUCGCAAGCUGCUAAAUCCUGCAUUCAGCCACAAGGUUUUGAUCAGCUUUCUGCCCAUUUUCAACAAAGAGACGGGACAGCUACUCAAGCAGUUUGACUCCCUGCCGGGCAACGGAGAGUUGAAUUUAAUUCCGCUACUGCAAAGCUUUACCAUGGGCAUAACAACUCAAACCACAAUGGGAUGCGAUGUGAAGAGCGAGGCGAACUUUAAAUCCAUUGUGGAGAGCUAUCACUGUUGUCUAGAAACCAUCACAGAUAUGUGCAUCUCGCCGUGGCUACACAGCAAGUGGAUCCGGCAGCUGUUGGGCAGGGAGGUAAACUAUCAUCGAUCCAAAACAGAGAUCCGCGGGUUCCUACGAAAGCUCAUUCAUAAAAGAUUAGCUGACGAAACAGAGGACUCCAUCGUGUCGAAGGAUAAGAACAUUUUUCUCCAUGUCACCACGGACCUUUUCAGGCGCGGUGUUUUCGAUCUCACAAAUGUAGAGGAUGAGUCCAACCAAGUUGUGUUUGGCGCUUUUGAGACGACUGCUAAGACAGUGUAUUAUGUUCUCAUGCUCCUGGCCAUGUUUCCCCAAUACCAGGAGAGAGUUUUUGAAGAAAUCAAAAGUCUAUUCCCCGAUAGUGGUGACUUUGAGGUCACCUACGAAGACACACAGCAAAUGGUGUACUUGGAUUUGGCUAUAAAUGAAUCCAUGCGUGUUAUAUCGCCAAUUCCCUUGGUAUCGCGACAAACUUCAGCGGAUCUAACGUUGUCGAAUGGGAUUGUGAUACCCAAGGGAGUGCAGAUCAUGAUUGACAUAUUCCACAUGCAUCGCAGCAAGAAGCUCUGGGGACCGGAAGCGGAAACCUUCAAUCCCGACAACUUUUUGGCGCACAAGGCUCGAGGCGAGCAGCAUCCCUAUGCCUUCAUACCUUUCACAAAGGGUAUACGGAAUUGUAUAGGCUGGAAAUAUGCUUUGAUUUCAGUGAAAGUCAUAUUGGCGAAACUGUUGAGGAAUUAUAGUUAUAAAACCAGUUUUAAGUUUGAAGAUCUUUAUUUCGUGGAAGAUGUAACCAUGAAGCUAAAGACGGUUCCAAAGUUGCAAGUCCAAAAGAGAAAAUGAAUAUGAGUAAUUAUGUGUUGUGAAAAGAAGCAACGAACUCGCCACCAGUCCAUUGCAAUUUGUAAGAAAAUGUAUAAGACAAAAUAAAUGUAUACAAUUAAG